ACAAAAAUAUGUACAUUGAGCGCAAGGUUGUCGCGCGUAAUCAUCGAAUCUCAUUUCCGCAGCUGCGUGCGCCGAUUUCAUUAUUCGUAAUUUUCAACAUAACGUAUUCGUUUUCUUUAUCAAGUCAAACGUGAUAACGCAUGAUAAUGUUUACUUAUUUACAUUGAUAAUAGAAAUAUUAAUAAUACCAAGCAGGGCUCAAACCAAUGACAUUUCAUCUAUUAUUCAUGACUCGGAAAUCGAAAGUUUCAAUCCUCGCUACGUGAGCGGAUACAACUGGCGACACAAAUAGGAGACGUGAAUCAGGACGGAAACAGAAAACUCUUGUGUUACGCAACGUCUCCAGAUUUCGAGACACCGAUAAAAUCAAUAUUUCUAUGUACGUUUCCUUUCAUGAAUUCAACAGAACACGUGGUUUUCAAUUAUCAAUAACUCCGAACCAUUUUGCUGAUUGCAUUUGGAAUAAAAAUAACCGAGGGUUUGCAGAACUUUUGCAAUCAAUAUUUCCAUCAUGAAUACACCCAAGGAAAAGAAACAGCAAUUGAAAAAAUCGUUGUCAGCUAAAAAAGGACCUGUCAAGGGAUUAAGGAAUGUACUUGCUCAGCCAUACAACACGCAGUGGCCUGUUUUAAGUAAUGAGAAGGAAUGCUGUUUGGAAAAGCUUUUAAGUCGAUUAUUGCCAGGAUUGAAACGAGAGGUUCGCUCGGUUCCUUGGUCUCAGUUAAGAAAACUGGGAAAGGAUGAGCGACGAGCCGCAAAAAACAAACUUUGCACAGAUGUGGAUAUGGUGAAACCGGAUGAUGUUGCUCGGAAAUUUAUAACUUUCGGUGUUAAUGCUGUUACUCGUGAUCUGGAGAAAGACAAACUAUGCUCAAUUCUCUUGGAUUCUACUGUAGAGAAUUUGCUGAUUAAACAUUUAGUUGUCAUGGCUCAGAAAAAUAAUGUCCCUAUUUUAUUGGUACCAUUUCUGAAAAAAGUGAGUUUGGAGAAUAUGGGAUUCGCCAGUGUUGCAAUGGCUCUAAAGCGAGAAAUAUUGGACACGACUUCUGAAUUCAAUAACAUUCAUCACGAAAUUGUCAAAUUCACUGAACCCAUAUUAGUCCCAGAAAAUAUAACACCGAUCGAAGAUUCUUCAACAGCUAUAAACACUGAAAAUGUAGAAAUUCCUGCAGAGGAAAAAAGUGUAUCGAACGUGUGUUUUUCUCUAUCUACGACUGUUUACAAAUACAGAAAUAACCGAACCGAAAGGAUAUUCGUGCCCCCGAAGGCGAAUAAAGACAUAAUGGAUAAUGGAGAAAAUUGGGGAGACUUUAUAGCAAUAGGAAAAGACGAUACAGAACUGUGUACUCCGAAACCUCUGAUAUUUCGAAAAAACCAACGUUACAUGGACAUUGAUGUCACAAAAGUCGAAAAUAAAAAUAAGAAAAAAAAGUCUAGCACGUAUUUACCGCUCAAAGUUAAGCGCAUACAAGGCAAUAACAAUAGAGUCAAAGCCACAAAAUCGUCGAAAUCAAAGAAAAAAUCAUCACUGAAUAAAAAGUAAGAAAUGAAGAAACACGUUCUCUCUUGCAUGAGUUCUUAUAUAUUUUUCCACCCGAUUUAUCAUAAACUAAUCUCGCGUAUUAUGUGAGUACGUAAAUUCGUCAUCAUUUCAUACUAUUAUGUACAUGCGUAAAUUGUAAUAUUUUGUACAUCAGUUAUUCGUCGCCUCUCUUAAGGAACUGAAUAAAAUCUAGCCAGUCUUACGAA